AUGACACGACCUUCCCCAAUUAUUUUUAAAAAUCUGAUGAUCAAAUGCCAAGUCAUCAGGAGGAAUUUUUUUGGUCCUGUAGUGGCGCCAUGGGUUUUAGCAAGAUUCUCUGCUUUAUCUUCUCCUUGUUCUUUCACUCCUUUCUUCAUUGUUAGUUGUAGUGUUGCUUUAAAUUUGAAAAAAUACAAACUCUUAAUAACUCCCAUCUCCUACUGCCAUUCUACCAGCCGAUCUCAAUUUUCCCUGCUGCACAAGAAUUUUAGCUACCAUUUUCUUUUAUUCCAAAUCAGUUUUAGCCUAUAG